GUGAAGUUUAGGGAUUGCGAUGCAAUUUCGUCUUUUGCAAUUGCAGUUCCAGGUUCCCGCUCUCUUCUUUAUGGGAGCCAACCACACUCUCUCGCGCACACACACACACAUACAGAGAUAUUUUCACAGUUCAGAAAAAACAGAAAUUUCGUCUGGCAAUAAUGAUGAAAUCAAGCAGAGAAUCGACGCCUUCAAAUGUUUCGCAUUCAGGCUACAAUGGCGUUUGUAUCAUGAGUACAGCAUGGAAAGACGAACAGCAUCCAUCCUUCAUCAACUUCAUCUCCUCGUUUCUUGAUGCAAACUCUUACAGAUUAAAUUUUGUGCCGAUUGCUCCUGAUUUCAUCUUUAACACCGGAGGUCUUUCUGUAGCCUUCAUAUUUGUGACCAAUUGGGAUGUCGAGUGUGCUGAACCAAUCUUUAGCAAGAUUUCGAAGAUGAGUAGACAGUUUGCCAACUUCUAUGUGGCUGUUACUCUCCCGACCAAGGAUCAGAAUGACUCCUUCAUACGUUCUUAUUUCAAAUACGGCAUGGAGUUUGGUAAGCCGACUUUCAUUCCUGUGAAAGACUUGGAGAUGGGGUUUGAAAAGAUUGUAAAGGUAGCUCAUGCACGUGGAGUUUGCAAGAGGCAGGAUGCAAUAGCUAAACUGAAGGCUGAGAGAGAAAAGUCAGUGCAGUCCAUGGACCUGUACAUCAAAGUGGUUACAUCCAUUCCUGGAAUUGAUAGCCAUGAUGCUAACGCGCUCAACCAAGCCGUUGGUUCCAUAGAAGCAAUAGCCAAAGCAUCAAAAGAAUACAUUUUGGAGAAUACUGAUCUUUCAACCGAGAAAGCUGAGACUGUUGCAAAAUUUUUCAGAGACCCGAAGUAUUACCUUGGUCCCAAAAUUGGAUGAACUUGGAGUUUUCCAAGCUAGUAUACUGUUAACCGCCUAGAAAUGGUCUUUGUCAAUCUCACAUUUUAAGGUUUUGUUGCACAUUUGGAUCUCUUUUUAUUUUUUUCAUCUAUGCUGGUGUCCUGAGAAAGCAAGGUAUAGUAUAAUUCUGAGAGUUCAACUUUAGGCACUGGCCACAUUCUGGAAUUGUCUCUCCCUACUUUAAUUCUGUAUAAAAUUAAAGGUCUGUUGGAGCUUUUAUGAAACUGAAC